AUGGCCACAACAACCACAACAACACGUCAGCCGGACUGGAUGGCGCGAUCAGCGAAGCGGCGACACUUGGAAUUGGGAAUGUUGCAGCAAUCAAGCGAGACCAGCAUCGACAACCAAACCCCUCGAGCGCACAGCACAAGCAACAGCACCACGAGCGACCACUUCCCACAUCCAUCAUCACCCGCAAGCAGCAGCGUCUACAGCACGGCCGGCAGCAGUAUGAGCAUCACCUUUACUGAUGAGCGCCACGAGAAGCUACAAGCUCUACAAAAACAAUACGCCCUCAACGCCGCCCAAGUCCAAGCCAACGAAACCCGACUCCGCGAAAUCCGAAUCGAAGACGAUCGCAUGAGUGAGCGACUCCAGUCGAAAUUGAGCGCUGUGACGGAGGUGAAUAAACAGCUGAAUGCUCUACGGACAUUGCUGGGGAGGGUGGAUGCGGUGAUGCAAGGUGAUUUCGAUGGGAAUUGA